UCUUGCCAACACAACCCGUUGAGCAUUCAUCGUCAGAUCCCCUUUUUACUCUCAACUAAACAGGAAAGAGGAUUAAAACUGAAAGCAAAACAAACCCAUACACAAAAUCUACGGUAAAAUCAGCCAAGAACAAGAAGAUCAUUGUCAAUUUAACAUGGGUGCUCUCAUUAAGCUCAUUGAUUUAGCACUCUUCAUAUUCUUUUUUGUCAUUGCCUUGGCAGCACCACUUAUCGAUUCUCAAACUUGUCUUCCUCGACACCUAUUUCCGACCGUUUUGAUUGAUAUUAAGAGCUGGUACGGACGUGAAUAUGGGGACUAUUUGAUUGCGGAGAAGCCCCAUUUCUUUGUUGGGCUUGUAUGGGUUGAGCUUCUUUUUCAGUGGCCUCUGGCUGUCGCCUGUCUUUAUGGGAUUGCAGCUGGAAAGUCUUGGCUCAACACCACCUGCUUGCUUUAUGGGGUCUCCACUUCUACUUCUAUGGUAGCCAUACUUUCUGAACUUACAUUGUCUAAAAGAGCAUCUGAACGGCUGUUAACCAUGUACUUCCCCUUUCUUGGGUUUGCUAUUUUAGCAAUAUUACGCGGUCUGACAUCUCAUUCUGGAAAGACCAUGACAAUCGGGAAAAGACCCGUGCUAAAUAGAAAAAAGAGGGCUUGAAGUCUUACGGUUGUGCACUGAGCUGCUGAGAGUAUAUUGCUGUCACUAAUUCCUGAAGACGUUCCUUUCCUUCUCUGUAGUUGGAUAAUUUUUGGUUUCGUUAUCUAGUUGUAAACAAAUUGCUAAAAAUUGAGUUUUUAUUUUAAUUAACUAUCAAGAAAUGACUUUAGUACCACAAAUGGUGGUUUGCUGAUUGAGAUUGUUGUUAGUCAAUAUGCUUUGUAAGCGCAUUCUUCUCUAUUAGUCAAUAUGCAAAAGCACAUUUUCUGAUGUGCUCUUACCUCUUGCUGAA